AUGGACUUCGCGGGCAGCGCCAUUGUGCACUUGACCGGCGGUGUGAGUGCUCUGGCAGGCACUGUCGUGCUCGGCCCGCGCAAGGGUCGCUUCGAGAACCCGGAGGAGUUCGACCAGAGCAUUAAGGUUUGGGAACGUGUGCUACGCCAGAGGGCCCGUUUGCAGCGGUUAGGCCACGAUGCUCGAGCCCUUUUGCGUGCCGAGAAGUGCUUUGCGGUCAAGGCACGCGUGAAUCGACUGCAGAAGUGGACACAACGCUGUGUAUCAGAUGAUGGUUUGCAUGCUGAGCGCCAAAAGCGACUGAAGACCUUAGGCCCGAAACGGGGACCUGCCAAUCAGUGGAUCCGUGACGUGACCGCGGAUGGAGAUGUGGAACCGAAUCCGGGCCCAUCGGCAUCCUCGCAAGUUGCAACAGGUGACCGGUCUACAGAUAAGCAGGUGCGACCUUUUGACCAAUGGUACGUCAAUCUGGGAGGGUGUGCAAAGCUGUAUGACAUGCUGGCACUGCUGGAGGCUCAAGCGGGCAGAGACCGACCUUCUGCCAUUUGUUUUGCUGAGACGCGCACCUCACCCGCUGACCAGGCUCGCAUCACUCGCAAACUGCAGGUGAUUGGCUACAGCUCUUUCUGGAGCCCUUCUGUUACCAGCGCACAGAGGGGCGCUACUGCCUACUGGCGAGGUGGGCUUUGCAUUGCCACGGCCAGACACGUGCCAUGUCGUCAGGUCGCGGAGUGGUCGGGAGAUGCGGGCCAUAUCAUUGCUCUGGACUAUGAGUCUUUUCGCGCAGUAGGGAUCUGGAGGCGGCCGGACCAAGACCGCUCGCCUUUUGACGAGCAGCUAGGGCAACUCUUUGCACAAGCCGCGGCCCUGCACUCCACCUGUGUCGCAUACGGUGAUUUCAACGAUGAGCCGGCCGAGUCAGCACUGCCGGAGCUGGAUCUGCGCCUCGUCGCACCCACGGAUGCAGAGGGCAACUACGUGCCGUCUAGGUGGGACGGUUCUCGGGCUCUGGACUGGGCAGUGACCAACGACCACGCAGUUCAGAUGGAGGCUGAGUUUCGCGAGGAGAAGCUGGGAGACCAUAAAAUCCUGCAGCUCAGUUGGCGGGUCGUUUUCUCUCGCCAGCCGUGCCAUAUCCUGACCCCCACUCCCCGAUAUGCCAAGCCGGCUGAGGUCGAGUGGACUGAGGAUGUGGAGACGGACUGGCUGUUACUUACCGCCUUGCUCAGCAACUCCCUUUCCCAUGCUGGUGAAAUGAUGCAGGGCACCACUUCGCAAUCCCGGGUUCGCCUUCCGCCCAAAGGUUCGCUGCCACAGACCGAGCAGGUGGUGCCCACAGGCCGUGCGGCCGGGCGUCACACAGCCGAGGGACGUUUGAUACAAAAGCUUGACAAAGUCUUAGGCCGACUAUGGCCGACGGAGAUCCGUCGAGACACUUUCGACCGAGCUGUAGUGGCCACCAGUGACCUGCUUGCGGCCACGCGUCGCGCUCGCAAGUCACAGGCUCUCAAGGACUGGAGGGCUCGUAUGGCUCAGGGCGGACGGGCUACCACGAGUUGGCUCAAAGGUGGCAACUGCGCACUGCCAAGCGCUAUCACCGACACUGUGAAUGAGGUCACUACACUCAGGAUUGUUGGCGAUGUGCUCAGCGCGCUAAGCAUUCCACCGCAGGGCCCGAUGGCAUCUCAGGCCAGGAGUUGGCAUGGAUGCCGGACCGUUUUCUUGCCGAAAGAUGCGGCUGCGAAGCUUGGAGGGACAGCUCAUGCUAGCCGCAUGCGUCCCAUAUCGGUGUUCUGUGGUGUGUACCGCACGAUCAUCUCAGCAUGGACGUCUCAUGACCAGACAAGGGCAUGGCUCAACGAGGUGGCACCGGCAUCCUUUCAUGGAGGCAUCCAAGGCCGGUCUGCUGAACAAGCCAUCCGGCAAUUGGACGACGCCUGGGAUGACGAAUCCAUACUGCUGUCCCUUGAUUUCCAGCUUUGCUUUGACUAUGUCAGGCGAAGAUGCGGGGCAAAAUUCUUGCUUGCCUCGUGGGAGCCCGCUGCGGUUGUGAAGGGCGAAGAUCUUCGCCAAGAGGUCGAGACGCUAAAGGCCCAGGUCCUCGCGCAGAGAGAGCUUUUCGAGGAGAACAAGUUGAUCCUUGCAGAGCUGCGGGAUGCCCGACAGCUGCAGACCAGCGGCUGGGUGACCCGAACGGAGUUCAACACGCAGGUGGCCGCCUUGCAAGCCACGGAUUACAGCCUGGGUGGUGCCAUGGACUCUGCUUGGCUGUGCCUCUGCGGUGCUCUUGUCAUGUUUAUGCAUGCUGGCUUCGCAAUGUUGGAGACCGGCAGCUGCCGCGUGAAGAAUGCUUCCAACGUUUUGAUGAAGAACUUGGUGAAUGUGUGUGUUGGGACGCUAGGCUGGUGGGUCUUUGGCUGGGCUUUUGCCUAUGGCAGCCAGGGAACACCAAAAAACGGCUUCAUCGGGACGGACGGCUUCUUCGGCAUCGGAUUCUACACCAUUGAUGCUACCACUGGUGUCAUCUCGCCGCUGGCAUCGUGUGAUGCGGACGGAUGCCAGAGCACCAUGCUGAGCUGGUUUUUCCAGUGGGCCUUCUGUACGGCCGGCGCGACCAUCGUGAGUGGUGGCGUGGCGGAGCGUGUGAAGAGCCCCACUUACGCGGUGUACGCCUUCUUCAUGGCGAGCUUUAUCUAUCCGAUCAUCGUCGCAUGGUCGUGGGGUGGAGGAUUCUUGGCCACCAUCACCUCAGUUGGCUACAUGGAUUUCGCGGGGAGCGGGGUGGUCCACUUGACGGGCGGUGUGAGUGCUCUGGCAGGCACUAUUGUACUCGGCCCGCGCAAGGGUCGCUUCGAGAAUCCGGAGGAGUUCGAGUGCCACAACUUGCCCCUGGUGGUGUUGGGCACCUUUGCACUCUGGUUCGGAUGGUAUGGCUUCAACCCGGGCUCCACGCUGGGGAUGCACGACGGGGCUACAGGAGCUUUGGCAGCACAAGUGGCCAUGAACACCACAUUGGCUGCUGCCACCGGCGGCAUCACGGUCUUCCUGCUGCGUUAUGUCAUCACGAAGAAGUACGAUGUCGGAGGCCUCUGCAACGGAAUCCUGGCUGGCCUUGUGUCCAUCACCGCGGGAUGCGGCAAUGUGGAGUGCGGCAGCGCCUUCGCCAUCGGAUUGGUUGGUGCCUUCGUGUACCAGGGCUCGUCCAUGCUCUUGCAGAAGCUGAAGAUCGACGACCCUGUGGAUGCCAGCCCGGUGCACGGCUUCUGCGGCAUCUGGGGCGUGCUCGCGGCCGGCUUCCUCGACUGGGGCAAGGGCAUUGACCAGUACCACGGUUGGUCAGGAUGGGGCUGCGUGACCGAGGGCACGGCCUGCAAGACCGGAUUGGGCGGUGACGCCAUCGGCGCGCAGUUCGCCCUCAUCGCCUUCGUCAUCCUCUGGUCCGGCACACUCUCUGGCCUCGCCUUCCUCGUCCUCAGGCUCACGGGCCUCCUCCGCAUCUCCGAGGAGGUGGAAGCCGUGGGCAUCGACACCCAGAGCCACUCGCCACCCAAGGCCUACUCGCUCAGCGCUGCAGGGCAGCCUGCUGGCGCUGGCAACGUUAGCGUCGUACCGACAAAGGGACCUUACAGAAAGGUGCUGCGUGUCAACCCUCGAGGCACUUGCUGCCACAGUUAUCAGGCGAAGCAUGACGCUGUGACAACUGCCAUCGCAUCUGCACAGCUGGCUGAGGUCGCUCUUGCAGAGGACACGUCGCUUUUGGCAGAGGUGCAGGCCCUUCGAGCCGAAAUCCGCGAGCGCCAGGCUUCCUUGGAGGAGACUUGCCGCAUGCGUCCUUUCGGAGCUGAGCAACGUGCCGAGAUCUUGGCGCUGCGGGAUUCCCGGCAGCUGCAGACCAGCGGCUGGGUGACCCGAACGGAGUUCAACACGCAGGUGGCCGCCUUGCAAGCCACGGAUUACAGCCUGGGUGGUGCCAUGGACUCUGCUUGGCUGUGCCUCUGCGGUGCUCUUGUCAUGUUUAUGCAUGCUGGCUUCGCAAUGUUGGAGACCGGCAGCUGCCGCGUGAAGAAUGCUUCCAACGUUUUGAUGAAGAACUUGGUGAAUGUGUGUGUUGGGACGCUAGGCUGGUGGGUCUUUGGCUGGGCUUUUGCCUAUGGCAGCCAGGGAACACCAAAAAACGGCUUCAUCGGGACGGACGGCUUCUUCGGCAUCGGAUUCUACACCAUUGAUGCUACCACUGGUGUCAUCUCGCCGCUGGCAUCGUGUGAUGCGGACGGAUGCCAGAGCACCAUGCUGAGCUGGUUUUUCCAGUGGGCCUUCUGUACGGCCGGCGCGACCAUCGUGAGUGGUGGCGUGGCGGAGCGUGUGAAGAGCCCCACUUACGCGGUGUACGCCUUCUUCAUGGCGAGCUUUAUCUACCCGAUCAUCGUCGCAUGGUCGUGGGGUGGAGGAUUCUUGGCCACCAUCACCUCAGUUGGCUACAUGGAUUUCGCGGGCAGCGGGGUGGUCCACUUGACGGGCGGUGUGAGUGCUCUGGCAGGCACUAUUGUGCUCGGCCCGCGCAAGGGUCGCUUCGAGAAUCCGGAGGAGUUCGAGUGCCACAACUUGCCCCUGGUGGUGUUGGGCACCUUUGCACUCUGGUUCGGAUGGUAUGGCUUCAACCCGGGCUCCACGCUGGGGAUGCACGACGGGGCUACAGGAGCUUUGGCAGCACAAGUGGCCAUGAACACCACAUUGGCUGCUGCCACCGGCGGCAUCACGGUCUUCCUGCUGCGUUAUGUCAUCACGAAGAAGUACGAUGUCGGAGGCCUCUGCAACGGAAUCCUGGCUGGCCUUGUGUCCAUCACCGCGGGAUGCGGCAAUGUGGAGUGCGGCAGCGCCUUCGCCAUCGGAUUGGUUGGUGCCUUCGUGUACCAGGGCUCGUCCAUGCUCUUGCAGAAGCUGAAGAUCGACGACCCUGUGGAUGCCAGCCCGGUGCACGGCUUCUGCGGCAUCUGGGGCGUGCUCGCGGCCGGCUUCCUCGACUGGGGCAAGGGCAUUGACCAGUACCACGGUUGGUCAGGAUGGGGCUGCGUGACCGAGGGCACGGCCUGCAAGACCGGAUUGGGCGGUGACGCCAUCGGCGCGCAGUUCGCCCUCAUCGCCUUCGUCAUCCUCUGGUCCGGCACACUCUCUGGCCUCGCCUUCCUCGUCCUCAGGCUCACGGGCCUCCUCCGCAUCUCCGAGGAGGUGGAAGCCGUGGGCAUCGACACCCAGAGCCACUCGCCACCCAAGGCUUAUGCCAUGCAGUAA